AUGUCCAAGAUCAUCACCGUCUUCGGCGCCACAGGCAACCAAGGAGGCUCCGUCGUAGAAGCCAUCCUCACAGACAAGACCCUAUCCCGGGAAUUCAAGAUCCGAGGCAUCACUCGCGAUGUGAACAAGCCGGCAGCCCAAAAGCUCGCCUCAAAGGGCGUCGAGCUCGUCGUGAUAGAAUACCCUAACAUAUUGGUUUCCCAACUCAAGGCAGACAUGUCCUCCUCCUCCUCCGUCGCCCCCGCCGUCAAAGACGCCCACACCGUCUUCCUCGUCACCAACUUCUGGGAGAGCAUGUCCGCCGACGUCGAGAUCGCGCAGGGCAAGGCCGUCGUCGACGCCAGCAAGGCCGCCGGCGUCGAGCACAUCGUCUUCUCGUCCCUCAUCGACGUCACCAAGGCGAGCAACGGCCGGCUGCCCAACAUCUCGCACUUUGACGGCAAGGCGCGCAUCGAGGAGUACAUCCGGGCGAGCGGCGUCGCGGGCACGUACGUCCUGCCGGGCAUGUUCAUGAGCGGCUUCACAACCAUGAUUCGCCCCAAUCCGCCCUCGGAGCCGGCGGGGUAUACGUUGGCUUUGCCUGUUGAUCCGAACAAGGCGAAGGCGCCGUUGUUUGCUGCUGCUGAGGAUAUGGGUAAAUUUGUAAAGGCUGCUAUCAAAAACUUCCCGACACAAGCUGGAAGCCGCAUCCUUGCGGCUACAGACUACUACACCAUCCACCGGCUCAUCUCGGAGUUCUCCGAGGUCAUGGGCAAGCCCGCGCAGGCCGUGCAGAUCCCGGACGACAAGUUCAAGUCGUUCUUGUCGCCGGUGGCAGCGCAGGAGCUGCUGGAGAAUAUGAAGCUGCUGGAAGACCCGGGUUACUAUGCUGGCGAGAGUCUGGGGGCGAGCUUGGCGCUGUUGGAGGAGAAGCCGACGACGUGGAAGGAGUUUGUGGAGAAGCACAAAGAGAAGUGGCUUCAUUCUAGUCCUUCGGUGACGGGAUGA